AAGUUGAAUACAUUGGUGCAGAAACUUCAUGACUUCUUGGCUCACUCGUCAGAAGAGUCUGAGGACGCACACUCUCCUCCAGCAUCGAAAAACAAAACCAUAGGUAAAAGUAGAGAACCUAAAAGUAGUCCAGCUUCAAUGGAGAACAACAGAGAAGAGGGAAGUAGUUCUUCGGAAAGAACCAAAUCCUUAGGAUCAUCACGUUCUAAAAGGAAACCUACAGUUGUAACAAAGUAUGUUGGAUCAGAUGAUGAACAAAUCUUAGAUGAAACUGUAAAUGAAGAUAUUUCAAAUGAAAACUCAGAAAACGAUGUUGAUAUGAAAAGCUUGCCUAAAGGUACAGUGGUUGUACAGCCUGAGCCAGUGCUGAAUGAAGACAAAGAUGAUUUUAAAGGGCCUGAAUUUAGAAGCAGAAAUACCGUUAAAAUGAAACCCGAGGCUCCCAAAAAGCGUGGAGAGGAGGGACUACAUGGAAUUGUAAGCUGUACAGCUUGUGGGCAACAGGUGAACCAUUUCCAAAAGGAUUCAAUCUAUAGACAUCCGACACUGAAAGUUCUUAUUUGUAAGACUUGCUACAAGUAUUACAUGAGUGAUGACAUUAGCCGUGAUUCAGAUGGAAUGGAUGAACAGUGUAGGUGGUGUGCUGAAGGUGGAAAUCUGAUUUGCUGUGACUUUUGCCAUAACGCCUUCUGUAAAAAGUGCAUUUUGCGCAACCUGGGUCGAAAGGAGCUGUCGACUAUACUGGAUGAAAAUAACCAGUGGCACUGCUAUAUUUGCUGUCCAGAGCCUUUGUUGGACUUGGUCACUGCAUGUGACAGUGUCUUUGAAAAUUUAGAACAGUUACUUCAACAAAACAAAAAAAAGAUCAGACUUGAGAGUGAAAAAAGUAAAAUAUACGACCACACAGUCAAGUUUUCUCCAAAGAGAAAUAAUUCAAAUUGUAAUGGUGAAGAAAAAAAACUAGAUGAUUCAUAUUCAGGUUCACUAACAUAUUCUUACAAAGCACUAAUGGUGCCAAAAGACUUACUUAAGAAAACAAAAAAGCUGGUUGAAACUACAGCAAAUCUGAAUUCUAGCUUUGUAAGCUUUUUGAAAAACGCUGCAGAAAAUGUAGAAGUAAGCCCAACUGUGCAACUUUGUCAGCUGAAAGCUUUUAAAUCUGUGUUGAGUGACAUGAAAAAAGCUCAUCUGGCACUAGAAGAAGGUCUGAACCUGGAGAUUCAAGCUUUGAAUGUUAAAAUCAAAGACAAAAAUACCAAAGAGAAAAAAAAUGAUGUUAGAUCAGAAAAAAAUGAGGUGAAAAAAGAUGAAGAAGAGGAACAUGUGGCAUUAAAAGAGGAUGACACCGUAAAGACACAGAAAAAAGUUGUAUCCGAACAGCCUGGCAAUGAGCCCAUGGAUCAAACUGUUCCAGCAGUGGAACGAACAGAUAACAAGCGUACUUCUGGGGAAGAUAAAAGGUCUGGCAGAAGUGAAGAACCUCAGUAUGAACCUAAUAGUACAGAGGCUUUGGACAUGGAUAUAGUGUCCAUUCCCUCAUCUGUUCCUGAAGAUAUUUUUGAGACUCUAGAAUCUGCUAUGGAGGUUCAGAUUGCAUCAGAUGAGCAAGACAGUGGAAAUACAGGAACAGAUCAUGAGACUCUAAAUUCAAGUGUAAAAUUGAGCACUGCUGUGAAAGACAGCAAAAGUGGUACUAAGUUAAAAUCAUCGGCUAAAGGAACAAAAGAAUUGAUUGUAAAAUUGACUCCUGUUUCCCUUUCAGAGUCUGCAGUUAAAACUGAAGAUCAAGACAGCAAUCAAGAAAAAGGAAGUAAGGAUGUUGAUGUAAUAUCUAGAGAAGAAAACUGUGAUUCUGUAAAACAGAAUCAUAAUGCUGGCACUGAACCUUCCACAGAGAAUGAAACUGUCUCACUUGUAGAAGAAUCUGAUCUCAGGAGAUCGCCACGUGUGAAGACCACACCUCUGAGGCGCCAAACAGACGUCAGUCCAUUAACAUCAAAUUCAGAAGAAGAUAGCAAUGACACAAGUAGUGAAAAACGUAAGAGAAAAUCAUCAAAACAACCAAGGAGGAGAAACGAUAAAAGAAAUUCUUCUGUUGAUGGUCCUAGCCCUAAUAAACUUUCUAAAUCAAAAAAGCCAUAUGAAUUAGAUCAUAGCUCAGAUUCUGAUGAGAUGCCAGCUGUUCUUAAAGAGGUAGCUAUGAUGAGUCGCAGUUCUUCGGAUAUCGAUAGCAAUAGUGAAGCACUGACAAGUGAUCAGAAGGCUUCAGAUUUUCUAAAGAAUCAACCUGUAAAGGAUGAAAAUGGAAAACGAAAAAGAAAAAGUUCCAGCUCUGGUUCAGAUUUAGAUGCCAAAAGAGGCAAAUCAGCUAAAAAUUCUGCUUCUGCUAAAAAGAAACGACAAAACUAUUCAGAUUCUUCAAACUAUGAUUCUGAGUUAGAAAAAGAAAUAAAAAUUUUGAGUAAAAUCGAGUCUGCAAAAAAAUCUAAGAAAAAAUACUCACAAAAAGAAGAUAGUUAUGAUUCCUCUGAAGAAGAGCAGAGGAAAAAAUUAAGUAGUAAGAGGAAAGCAAAUUUGAAGAAACGGAGAGAUAAAUCUUCUGAAGAUGACUAUGCUGAAAAGUCUUCCCCAGAGGAGAUUAAUCAUUCUUCUAAAGAUAAAAAAACUGGUAAGGGGUCAGCUGCUAAGGAAAAGAAAAACAGAGACUUAAAAGAAAAAGCUGUAAAGGGAAAGCAUGAUGAGUCUUCUGAUGUUGAGAAAUCUUUACUGGAGAAAGAGGAGAGUUGUCCUAAAGGUGUAAAGCUAACUGAAGUUAAGAAAAGCAAGGAUUUGAAAAAGAAAAAAGCACAGGAAGAUUCUUCUUCAGAGAGUACUGAGAAAUCUACAAAGAAAGAGCACAAUUUAGAUUCUUCGAAAGACAAAUUCAAGAAUAAAAAAGAAUCAGAAAGGAAAGCGAAGAAAUCUGAAAAACUGAAAAAGAAAAGCUACAAAAAAGAACAAGAUGAUUCCUCUUCUGAUGUUGAAAAGUCAUCUCCAGAGAAAGGAAGUUGCAAUUCUUCUGAAAGUGACAAAACAAAAAAUGAACCAGUGUCUAAAGAAAACGAAAGGAGGAAAUUAAGAGAGAGGGUACCUAAAAGAGUACAGAUGGAUGUUUCCUCUGAUGCUGAGAAGUCUCCCCUAAAAGAGGAGAGUUCUUCUGAAGAUACUAUGCGGAGAAAAAAAAAACCUGAAACUAAAGAAAAGAAAAAAAUGAGUCAGAAAAAGAAAAUUUCCAAGAAAGAACAGAAUGACUCAUUGUCCUCUUCUGAUGAGGAGUCUUAUGAAGACAGUAAGAAAAAGAUUAAAAGAGUGUCAAUAAAAGAAAGUAAAAAGAGUAACUUAAAAAAGAAAGUGGUUGUCACUUCCUCUUCCUCAUCUGAGAAGGAAGAAAAUGAUGAACAGAAUUCAACAGGUGAUGGAAGCAGCGAUGAGCAGAAAAUUAGGCCGGUGACUGAAAACUUAAUGCUGUCUGCUGGUACAGGAUUUUGUCAGUCAUCAGGAGAUGAGGGAGAGACUAAAUCAAGAGCUGUUCCAAUGGAAGAGGAGGAAGAUGAUGAUGAUGACGAUCCUGAGAAUAGAAUUGCCAAGAAAAUGCUUUUAGAAGAAAUCAAAGCCAAUCUUUCCUCUGAUGAGGAUGCAUCUUCAGACGAUGAAUCGGAUGAAAGAAAAAAGAAAACUGGAAAGCAAAUUGAAAACACAGGAGAUGAUGAAGAGAAUGAAAAGGAAGAUAAUUCUGAAUCGGAUUCAGAGGAAGAAGAAUCAAAGAAGCCUAGAUAUAGACACAGACUGCUGAGGCACAAGCUGACAGUGAGUGAUGGAGAAUCUGGUGAAGAGAAAAGGGUGAAACCAAAAGACAAAAAAGAAGGGAAGCGCAGAAAUAGAAGGAAGGUGAGCAGUGAUGAUUCAAAUGACUCCGAGUUUCAUGAAUCUGCAGUUAGUGAAGAAGUCAGUGAGUCUGAAGAUGACCAACGUCCAAGAACAAGAUCUGCCAAGAAAGCUGAGGCAGAAGAAAACCAGCGCAGUUACAAACAGAAAAAGAAACGAAGGCGUAUAAAGGUUCAAGAGGAUUCUUCAAGUGAAAACAACAAUAAGAGUAAUUCUGAGGAUGAAGACAAUGAUGAUUCAAAAUCUCCUGGAAAAGGCAGGAAGAAAAUAAGGAAAAUUAUUAAAGAUGAUAAGCUUAGAACAGAAACACAAAAUGCACUUAAAGAAGAAGAAGAAAGAAGAAAGCGUAUAGCAGAAAGAGAACGGGAGAGAGAUAAAUUGAGAGAGGUGAUAGAGAUAGAAGAUGCUUCACCUCUGAAAUGUCCCAUUACAACUAAGCUGGUUUUAGAUGAAGAUGAAGAAACCAAAGAACCAUUAGUGCAGGUUCACAGGAGUAUAGUUACCAGACUGAAACCACACCAAGUAGAUGGUGUUCAGUUCAUGUGGGACUGCUGUUGUGAAUCUGUAAAAAAAACAAAGACAUCCCCCGGUUCUGGAUGCAUUCUUGCUCACUGUAUGGGUCUGGGGAAAACAUUACAG